GGUUUCACUUGGUUCACGUGUUUCCAAGGCGUCGAAGAUGACAGUAGCAAUUCUGCGAGCUGGCAGUCUUAUUAGACAACGGAUAAUUGAUGUUACGUAGGAGAAAAUGCAAUUCCACCAGAUCAUCGGUUUCGAAGACUGAAUAUAAAUUCAAUGUGUAACCUUGUCCUUUGACAUUGUCCGCCACUUGUUCGUGUAAAAUGGUCUGAUUGUGAGUCGAUUGAGCGAAACGAAAAAUCGUAACUUCAAUUUUUCAAGAACUAACAGUUUUUUUAUCGUGCGAAUUGAAAAAAUACGUGCCUCUUACGAGUGGUAGUGUUACAUCAUCGUUUUAAGAAUCGAUGCAAAUCGAUGUGCGAGCAUGAUUUCUUAAUGCGAAAAAUCGUUUCCACUGAGGUAUCUAAUCAUUAGAAUAAAGAAUUGUGCAGUGGCCUGUAUCCGGGAAGUGACCCCGAAGACCCGGCCUUACGUGUCUGUCGAAUAUAUUAAACUGUUUUCCUCGCGCCACGCUGAAUACGCUUCUACGUGAAUUUUUUGUAUUCAAAUAUUGUCCAAGAAAUGGACCGAACGUUCGUCGACGAGGAAACCGGCGAGAGUAUCAGUCUCCCAGCGUCUGACUGUAGUAUCCGACCGGUCAUCUCGUCGAUAAACAAUGCCGAGACCGGGGAGCCCGAGAUCAACGUGGUCGGGAUCGAAAAGACAAAAAAUCGGAGAAUACGAUUCCAGAUUCCGAAGGAAGUGAAAGAGACGUUGUCCAUAAAAGACGGUUCCUUAAAGAAAAGCGAAAAUCUGAUGGAUUUGGAACCGGUCCCCGUCGGAUCAUCGUUCGGCCAACUAAACCCAGUUUGUAUAUGCUUUCUCGCCGUCCUGUGCUUCCGCUGGCUCUUACCGGUGUUGAUGUUCCUCGAGACGUCGCUGCACAUCUGGUCCCACCACAAGAACAAAUCGUUGAAGAACGCCAAUGUCUACUUUCGCUCACCUUUCCACGCGAUAUCUGCCGAAUUUUGCGCAAUCUGCCAAAAUGAAACGUGCAUGAAUCGUAUCGGUAAGAUGCAGCAAAUACGUAUGCACAAGUUUUUGCAACAGUGCCAUUACAUGAAGAGAGUGGUAACGUGAGCGGAUCGCUGGAACUCGAAGGGCUAUUGUUUUUUUUUGCAUGAGACACCGAAGAAAAACAUCGCGCGGAAUGAGCAGUGUCCGGUAUUAGCUUGUUUAAAAAACAAAUAAUAAAAAAUGUAUUAAACGUAUUUUAGUAUUAAGGAACUACUAAACCUACAUGUGACUUUUGUUCGUUUAGAUUUCACCGCUCUAAAUUAAUCGAACUUGUUAAUAAUGUAGAAGAGAGGAUUAAGGAUAGAGCAAUGGUGCAGGAAGAAAUUUUUAUAUCAGGGUUAUUGGUACCACUAAUAAUAAUAAUGUAGGUAUAAAAAUAUAUUAUUGUUUUUAUUAUUUCAUGUUCAAGUUACAAAGAUGUGCGUAUUGCUAUUUUUCUAGAGGAAAAUAUUUAUACUAAAAUUUUUACUUUAUAAAUGUAAAAAUAUAUCAAUUUUUCUAAGACACUUUUCACAUUUCCCAUACCGACGUAUGGUUUACACGAAUUUUGUCGCUUGUUAUCGAUAUAAUAAACUGUUUAUAUAAUCACUCGAGUUGUACGUUGAAAAAAAUAAAAUUCAUCGAUCGUUA